AAAUGCCCCCAACAGGCGGCCGAGGAGAACUUAAAGUUCGAACGGGGUUUUAGGGGGAACUUUGGCCGCUACUGCACUGCGUUGGACUGGAGAGCGGAGCUAAAUUUGGAGGCUCAAUUUGAGGGAGGGACAAUGGUCCCCAAAAAACUGCACGAAUGAGCGCGACUGACUGACUACCGGGCGGACGUCUUGAACGAAGAAAGCGCGGGCGAAGAUAUUCUUCGAGGUUUGGUGCGGGUCCUGUUUGGUAAAACCUUGGAAACGAGGUUUAGCUCGCUGUACCCCUGAGCCAGCUUCUCUUCUGUCACUUCCCACAUUUUCAUUCGACGACGAUAAGACUGCCGUCAUUCUUUUACUCGUACUAUCUUCUGACUCUUUUUCCUCUCCACAUCUGUAUUUGAAAUUUUUUUCGGCUGGUGCUGGAGAGUUUUAGUUCUCGUUUCGGCUUCUGCAUAGCUUCUUCAGCUGCUGACAGUGGAGGCGUACGACCUGUUCUAGAUAUCGAGUGACAGGGAGAGAAGGCCGGGCCAGGCAGGCAAGGCUGAGCGACCAUGGUGUCGUAUCGCCGCCUGCAGGCCACCGUGGAGGCGGCGUUGCGCGCGCCCAAACCCGAGCCGCAUCAUCGUGCCGACCUUGCGCACGCUUUGCAUCUAUGCAACGAGGAUUUGAAGAAUUUUCUGUUUUAUCCGGGUCCUAAGGCAGAGGACAGGCAACAGGUUUUGUCGAAGGAAGUGCGAUUACCGAAUGCCCCGCCAACCAUCCUUGAUAAUCAGGAUGCCGAAAUAGCACUGAAGCUCAGUGAUGACUUCCACUUGAAUGAAGUGGACUGCGUUAGUCUUUUGGUGGCUGCCCAUCAGGAGUGGAAUUUACUUGGUCGGGAGCCUCUGGAAGUGCUAAGAUUGUCAGCUGGUUUAUGGUUCACUGAAAGGAGAGCGUUGAUAACCGCUAUGCAAUUAAUGCUCCGCGCUGUUGUGCUGGACGAGGAUUUAGAUCCCGAUUUCGUAGGAGAGAUUCGGCAGUUCAUAGAGGGAUUGGUCGAAGCAGGGUUCAGGAGACGAUUGAUCUCGCUUAUUAAGGAGAUAAACAGAGAAGAACCAGCUGGAUGUGGCGGUCCUGGAACAGAACCCUAUGUCAUGGAUGCAAGAGGAGCCCUUGUACUUCGGCGAAACAUUGCGCAAAAGGAACGUCUUAGCAUUAGCCAGUGUCUAGUCUUGUCAUGCCUCAUAGUACGACUGGAUGCGCAAGAAGCCAAGGAAAUUUAUAGUCUUCUCAAGGACUGUUCAACGGAAGCGAGCAUCAUAAAUGAUACUGUAAAGCUUCAGGUUUCCUACACAAUUAUGUUCGCGCUUGCAAUUUCUUUGCUAUCAGAUGCCCUUGGAGGCAGUCAAGAAGUGGGAUCAGUUUUAUCUUUUGAUCCGGUCUUCCGGCGCGAGUUUCAGAAGCAGGUGAUGGAAGUAAACAAUAGGGGCUCAAAUGAGGGCUUUACCGGUGUUAUUCGAUUUGUGUGGUCGGUAUUCAUGAUGUUGACCACAGGCACUUCGGAGGAGGAAGCUGGUACUCGAGCCUGCCUGGAUUGGGCAUGUGAGAACAAUGUGUUUGACUUUCUUACUACUACAGUCCUCAAGACUGCAGCUUAUCAGAACGAUGACGAGGACCUCAUUUUCAUGUACGAUGUGUAUUUGCACAAGCUGAUAACUAGCUUUCUGUCUCAGUCGCUUGGGCAUGGGAAAGUGAAGGAACUGAAGGAAAUGGCAAUGAUCGCCCUGGAUACUUACAUGCAUGAAGCAAAGGACCCACUGGGAGAUGACGUUGCUCGAGCUGAGCAGCAAGCACUACAGGCACAAGCUAAGCCCUUCAUCUCUCUGCUGGACUUCAUCUCUGAAGUAUAUCAGAGAGAACCAGAACUCACUCUUGAGAAUGAUUUGUUGUGGAAUUUCGUUCGUUUCUCUGGAGAAGAUCACACUAGUCAUUUGACCUUGGUGGCCUUCCUAAACAUGCUUACAUCGCUGGCCUCCAAUGAAGAUACCGCAAAGAAAGUGUACCAGUUGCUUCAAAACAAGACCAUUCGCGCUGUUGGAUGGCAGACACUUUUCAACUCCCUAAAUGUGUACGAUCAACGGUUCAAACAAAGUUUACAAAUUACGGGAGCUUUGCUACCAGUCUUUCAAGUUGGUGAUGCCAGAGCACUCGAGGCUUACUUGAAAGUUCUCAAGAAGGUGAUGGAAGUGGGCAGUGAAGCAGAAAGGUCACAAUGGUUUCCUGAUAUUGAGCCUUUAUUCAAGCUACUCCCUUAUGAAAAUGUCCCUCCCUACUUGAAGGGUGCACUAAGGAAUGCAAUUUCAGUGUAUGUUCAAGUGUCACCGGCAAUGAAAGAGAAAGUAUGGCGCUUACUAGAACAAUAUGAUCUUCCAGUACUUGCUGCACCGAUUGUUGCUGAAGGGAAUAUUCAACAGCUCCCAUCCCAGGCAUAUGACAUGACCUUCGAAUUGAACGAAGUGGAGGCAAGGCAGGAAGAGUACCCAUCCACUCUUUCUUACCUAGAACUACUCAAUGUUCUUAUGGCAAAUGAAGUUGACAAUUCAGACAGAGGUCGUAGGUAUAGUGGCAUCUUUCGCUUUGUCCGUGAUCAAGUAUUUGGACCUUUCGCCCAAAGAGCGUAUGCGGAUCCUGUUGAAAAGUGGAAGCUGGUUGUGGCUGCCCUCACUCAUUUUCAAAUGAUGUUGAACAUGUAUCAGCUGUCCGAGGACGAGAUUAGAUCUUCUACAGAUCAUGCCGGUGUCAUAGAAAAUGGUGCUGGAGAAGAGAUGAUAACCAUCAGUAGACUACCAUGUGCUGAACUUAUGAAGGAUCUGAUGAGCGGUAAAGUAAUUUUUCGAAAUAUCAUGAGCAUCCUGCAGUUGGGAGUGAAUACUGUUUCUGAAGAACGAACCAGUCAGCUUUACGGUCCACUCUUGGACGAUUCCAUCCGACUUUGUUUACAACUGUUGCUGACUGCCUUCACUAAAGAUACAGCGUUUGCCGAGUAUUGGCGUCCUGUUUACUCGCCAAUUGACGUCGUACUCUUACACGACAUACGACAAAUCAUAACUUUAUUGGAGUACGUGCGCUAUGAUUUAUCACCGAAGAUCCAACAAUCUUCCAUACAGAUAAUGAGUAUAUUGAGUGCUCGCAUGCCACACCUCGUGUCAGUGAUACUUGAGACAGGUGCUGGAACAAGCCUAAUUGAAGAUUAUGCAGCCUGCCUGGAAGCUCGCAGCUUAGACAUGCAAGCACCAGAUAGCCCGGAUGAUGACACAGGCUCGUUGAUACUCAGACUUCUUAUUGAGAACCUUGAGAGACCAGCUCCGAACAUCACUCAUCUGCUCUUGAGAUUUGAUGUCGACCGACCUGUCGAGCGAACUAUACUUCAGCCCAAGCGACACUACAGCUGCUUACGCAUAAUCUUGGAUAUUUUGGACUCUUUAUCAAAACCGGAGAUCAAUGGAGGCCUUCAUGAACUGGGAUUCCAGUUGAUGUACGAAUUAUGCGUGGAUUUGGUCACAUCUCCUGCUGUGGUGGACCUUUUACGGAGUGAGAAAUACGAUUUUUUCACCAAGCACUUGGAUAGUUUUGCUUGUGAACCCCUUCCAAGUCGGACGGACAAUCACUCGUUGCGUGUUAGCAGUCUGCAGCAGAGGGCAUGGCUACUUAAGCUCCUAGCUUUGGAGUUGCAUGUGAGCGAUAUCGAUAUUGUAUCACAUCGUGACAGCUGCAGAAGACUUCUCGCCCAUCUUUUUCUUCAGAAGCCUUUCGCAGCAGAGGAUGAGAUAAUGACAAGUUUGUUGGCAAUUAGACAUGUUCCUGCAGAUGGUCUUCAUAAGAUUAAGGUUCUUGAGCUUCUGGAUAUCCUUCAGUUUCCAGUUGUAGAAACGAGGACUGAGUUUCCGCAGGAGUUGCAAAGCUUGAAAGCGGAAUUAAAGGUGGAUGAAAUUUUGGACACUUUUGCGACUGUCGAUGACGGCGGCGUAUACCACAUAUCAGAGCGUGGAGAUCGUCUGAUUGACCUAGCUGCAUUUCGGGAUGCACUUUGGCAGGAAUAUCGGCAACUUGAGGUGCAGUAUACCGUACUAGGAAACGUUCCACGCCAGCUGGAACUCAGGGAUGCUAUACAAAAGCUACUAAAAUGGUCCUGGAGACGCAAUAAGAACCUGGAAGAACAGGCGGCUCAGCUCCAUAUGCUUGUCGGAUGGACCCAGCUAGUGGAGGUAGCUAUUUCCAGGAGGUUUGAGUUCUUGAGCAGUCGAUCUCAAAUUCUAUUUGAGAUAUUGGACGCUUGUGUGACUGCUACUCUAUCAACAGAUUGCUCUCUUAAAAUGGCUUUCUCUUUGUCCCAGGUGGUGAUGACCACAAUGGCGAAACUACAAGAGCAGAGUAUGGUGUCACCAGGUGAAGGAGAGAGUACGGAUGAUGUGACAUAUUUGGAUUUAUUGUCGACAGUGCGGUUGUCAAAUAGUGCUUGCCACACUAUCUUGUCCAAGCUUGUCGCAUCAAUACUUCGUCCUGAAUCCUCUGAGUACUUACGUCGCCGACAAUAUGCGACCCUACUCAGCUAUUUGCACUACUGCCAAGGAAUGGUGAAUCGUGACCUGCCUUUGUCAGUGAUGCGAACCCUCUUGUUGGAAGACAGAGAUGGUGAAGAGGAUGUCGAGAUUGAGAAGCUUGACAGAGACCAGUCAGAACUUGCCCACAUCAACUUCACAAUUCUCAAGAGGGAAGCCACAGCGCUAAUGGAUCUGGUCGUGAUGGAUGCCACACAUGGGAGUGAAGUUGGAAAAGCAAUGGCCUACUAUGUUCUUGAUGCUCUGCUCGGUUUGGACCAUCAACAAGUAUUUUUGGGUCAGCUACAAAGUAGAGGACUACUUCAGUCGUGUUUGACUGAUAUCAGCACCAACUCUUAUCAGGCUGUUCUACUUCCAUCAUUAGAAUCCGUAAGACGGCUUUACACUCUAGAAUCUGAAAUGGCCUUACUGCUGAGAGUUGGUUAUCACAGCAAAAAAAGAGGGGCUCAAGCUCUUUUUGCCAUGGGAGCGCUUCGCCACCUCUCAUCUUGUAGAGCUUUGAAUGUUGUUUUUACGGAGGAUGCUAUGUCCGAGAAGUUGAUGAAAAUAGAGAUGGGAUUGCCAUCAUUGCAUGAUCGUCAACAUCAGAUAAUAUCCCCAAUUCUUCGUCUGGUUCUCUGCUUCACAGCUUUGGUGGAUUCUUCCGCAUCUGUUGAGAAGGGUCAGGAUGAGGUUGUGCAAGAAAUUCUCAAAUUUGUUAAAGAGCAUCAUAGUCUCAUCUUUCAUAUAUUGGGAAACGAACCACGAGCGGCCCAACUCUCUGAUUUGGAAGAAAUACAGCUCGUCACUGCUAUCUUGAGCAAGGUCUGGCCCUGCGAGGACGCCCUGGAUCCCGCUUACACACCAGCAUUGUUCAGCAUUUCACAAGAGUAUUUCUGUCAAGAUUCAGACUCACGAAACAGAUUUGUGCAGCAUAUUCUUGAAUCUCAAAGAAAUCCCGAGCUAUCUCCGGCAGAGCGAGAGAGUGUUCGAAAAAUGGAGCUAUUGGUAGCAAGAGUGAGGUGCAAUUUGAUAUCAUUCGUCUAUACUCUGGUAACCAGGAGGGGACUUCAGCUUUCCUUCUCACAUCCGAAGGCUUCAGGAGGACAGUAUGUCGUCGAGAGGCAGAGACAUCCAACUCUUAAGCUCAUUGCCAGUCUUCUCCAUCAAACUACUCUGGAUCUGGAAACUGCUUUAAACGAGAAAGCAAUACUUCUGUCGAAGCUCCAAGACGUGAAUGAACUAUCAAGACAUGAAGUCGACGAAGUUAUAAAGGCUUAUGGAGAGCACGACCCAACGGAUGGUGCCGAGAGUAUACGUAAAAGGAGAUACCUAGCUAUGGUGGAGAUGUGCAGUGCUGCGGGAAGUAGAGAAUGUCAGAUGGCAUCUCAUGUUUUCAUUAUUGAGCAAUCUCUUGAAAUUUUGUACAUUCAUUUUGAUAACAGGUCUUUGUGGCCACAAACCAGCCGAGGCAAAUACGAGAUGUCAGAUGUGGACUCAAUACCGGGGAGAAGAGAGGAGAUUAAAUCCCUCUGCGAAAAGGUUCUGCCUGUGUUUGAGCAGCUUGAGAAGGUCGACGAAAAGAGGGUGGGGCGCAGUAUGAAGCACAUCGAAAGACUGGUCCGCACACUGAAGUCGCAGAUUCUAGUGGGAUUCCCCUCAGAGUUUUUGUAAUCUCGGGGAGGUGGAAGACGAUUCUUUUAUUUAUCAUGGAGGAGCUCUAAUGGAUAAAGUUUUUUUCAGCUUUGCUCUACUUCGUUGUAGCAAGGCUUGUGGGUAGAGAUAUGUGCUAAGCUUCAACUGGUUUGGUGGCAGAGCCACGUAGGCAGAUCGAGAUCAAAUUCGACGCCCUCUGCUUGCGAGUGGGCAGAAAUUCGCUAGAUUGCUCUGUUCAAAUUUUAACGCUCAUUGUACAGAUAGUUGUUAUGCCAAAUUGAUCAUGAUCGUUUGCAGUAAAUUGAAGUAUCUGUGUCGAA